AUGGCUUCGACCACCACCACCACCACCACUGCAGGUACCACCGAGCGUCCUCCAUUCAUCAUAUUCGGAUAUGGAUCUCUUAUCUUCAAACCUCCUCCACAUACCAUUGCAAAAGGCAAGGCCUUGGGCCACGGGUUGCCUGGGUUCUUGAAAGGAUACGUUCGUAGAUUCGCGCAGAAAUCGCAUGAUCACAGAGGAACACCAGAAAAUCCAGGACGCGUCGUCACACUCAUACACAUAGAAGACUGGGACAGGUUCUCGGGCGAUGAUCCGUUUCCGCAUGAGGAUAUUGUUUGCGGAAUCGCGUACACCAUUGACCCGGCUUACGAGUCUGAGGUCAGAGACUACCUAGACUAUCGAGAAAAGGAUGGAUACACGAUGGAGACCAUCGAUAUAUACGGCCUCGACACUUCCGAUGGCAAAACCGACAAAGCGAUAAUACACAACUGCUACGUGGGCCGAAUUGACAACCCGUCGUUCCUCGGCGCGGAGCCUCUCCCCGCUCUCGCGCACACAAUAUGGAAAUCCGUCGGUCCCUCGGGGCCUAAUAAGGACUACCUCUACAACCUCGCCAUAGCCGUCCGGCAGCUCUCUCCAGAAUCGCACGAUUCACAUCUCUUUGCUCUAGAGGUAAAAAAAAAAUUCCUUUUACAUCUGGAUGUUACAUCGUCAUUCUGA